UUACUUAUAAUAAUACUUAUAAUGAUGAUGAUGAUUCAUCUGAUUCAUCAAAAACUCAACAAUCUAACCAACCUCAACAAUCUAACCAAUCUCAACAAUUUAACUUACCUCAACAAUCUAACUUACCUCAAUAUUCCAGUCAAUCUAACGAUCAACAAUCUAACUUAUUUCAACAUUCUAGCCAAUCUAAUGAUCAAGAUUAG